UUAACACCCCCCGAAGACAGCCAUGCCGCCGAAGUUGGACCCGAGUCAGAUCGUUGACGUGUACGUCCGCGUUACCGGAGGAGAAGUCGGAGCAGCGAGUUCUCUCGCUCCUAAGAUCGGUCCCCUCGGUCUCGCUCCCAAGAAGAUCGGAGAAGACAUCGCGAAAGAAACCGCCAAGGAGUGGAAAGGACUCCGCGUCACCGUCAAGCUAACGGUGCAGAAUCGUCAGGCGAAAGUGACGGUGGUUCCUUCAGCGGCGGCGCUGGUGAUAAAGGCGUUGAAAGAGCCCGAGAGGGAUAGGAAGAAGGUGAAGAACAUUAAGCACAAUGGGAACAUUUCGUUCGAUGAUGUGAUUGAGAUCGCGAGGAUCAUGAGGCCGAGAUCUAUUGCUAAGGAAUUGAGUGGGACUGUGAGGGAGAUUCUUGGGACGUGUGUGUCUGUUGGGUGUACUGUUGAUGGGAAAGAUCCUAAAGAUCUUCAGAGUGAGAUUCAGGAGGGUGAGAUUGAGAUUCCUGAGAAUUGAACUUGAGAGAAGUGUUGUGUUUGGUUCUGUGUUUUAGUUUCUAUGUUUCAGUUAAGGACAAGUCAGUUUUGGUUCUGUUGUUUUUGUCUUAUGCUAUGUUUUGAUGAGCACUUUUAAAUUGAAAUGGUUGAAACUUUGGCGUAUCAGUCGAAAUGGUAUUUGCAGCUCUUUGUAUAUGUUAAUCAAAUUUGGUGUAGUUACUAAUUACUACAUAAUGCGUAAGGUUAUAUUGUGG